UAUAGCUUGCUUCAUUUUGGUAAGUACUAUCUUAAAUUUUGUUUAAUUUUAGAUAUAGACUUGUCUAUGUCUGCGAUUAGAUGGUGUCAAGAGCAGGAAAGGGGCCAGUAUAUAAAGACUCCUCUGGGCUUCUUGGUUAAUAGAAAUUGCAGUUGCAAUACAAUCGGUUCGCUCCGUCGAAACCAGAUGCGUUAGGCCAGUGUCAAGCAGGAUUCUUUCCGGUGGACGCAGAUAUUGAUUGCAUGGUACCACAUCUGUGGCUCGUCGAACGGCAGACCGUGGAUAUUUAAACCUGGAGCAAACCCUAUAUUCCUGGUCUCAAAGAUAUGGAACGCGAUGUGAGAUGGCAUAAUCAUGACAUCGCGUAUGAAGUGCCCAAUCAUAAUUACGAGCCAUGGGUCGAUAGGAUUAGCAGCCAGAAAAGGGUUUCAGAUUGUGUACUUGCCUAGUGGUGGUCGAUAUCCAUUCACCGUUCGGAGUCGUGACGAUGGUGCAGUCAAUCUAGUGGGAAACUGUUACGUCCAAGGAGUCAUAACACUCCUCAGUACUAACAUAUAUAUCCAUGGGACAUUGGCUCUCCACAUAGAACUACCAUAUGCCACUCUGUCAUAGGCGUAGUCAUCCAUCAGCUGUGGAAAUUCUACUCCCCUAAACAAAAACCUGUCUAUCUAGACAGAGACCCAUACGCAAAAAAUAUUCGACGCACACAUAAAUCCCAGUAUCCAACAUCCAUACUAGGAACUUCUAGAUAUAACAUAAUUCAAAUACCUAAUUGCUUUCUGUCAUAUCUAGUGAAGACUCCGCUCCCUCCCCAACAGUUCAAAAAUCAAGAUAUCAACCAUAUCACCCAAAUGCACAAACCAACACAUCAUCAAGAAGAAAGACAACCCCACCUAUUCAUCCCGUGAAGCCCGUACGCCAUCGCGUAAAAAAACACCUCAUCGUCGUCCACAGUGAGUCACUCUAAGUUACGUACCUAGUUUUUAUUUCAUAUUAUUUUCUCCGAGGUGAAACACUGCCCACUAAGACCAAGCUAAUCCAAAUAAGCAGGUAGAUGCGACAAAUCCAAGCAAAUCCAAGUUCUCCGACUCCCUAAGAAAAACUAAGAAAGAGGCAGUGCUGUAGGCAACAGCUUUUCCAGGGUUUAAGCUAAUUCUUCAC